GUAUAUUUAAAUACCAACAGGGUCGGCUGACAGAGCUGACAUGUACAAGACCGUGUGAACUCAAAAACCGCACAUGAACUACAUACGCCAUUGGAAUUCUCAGAUAAAGCCCUUAUCUGGAAGGGUCUUGCUUUGUAAACAAACAUCAGGUCAGUAACGAUUGGUCAGCUGACAUUUAGAGUGGCACUCAUCUGGUGCCCAGCAAGUAUCAGAGGAACUAGCUUGCACCUCAAACAGACUGUAUUCCCUUGAGAAGCUAGAGUCUUGUCAAAACUAACCUGCUGUUUAACAGACUGUGACCUGCAUCGCUGUAAACAAGAGAGCUGUGCGGUUGCAGAUCUGAGCAGAGUUUGGCUGUUCAGCGGAGGAGGUGAGAUGUUAAAAGAAACAAUGAAGCACCCAAAUAUCAUCCUGCCUCAUUUUACGUCACUUCCGGAUGGCCGUGACGUCAUAGUUGACGCGAUGACAGAAAGUCAUUUAAAACAAGUAUGGCACAUCGUUCAGGAAGCCGCACAAAACAACGACGGCUUCGGGUCUGACGAAUUCCCCACAGAAGAGACCUUCCGGGACGACAUCAAAGGCGGUAGUCGCUUCGCCAUCUUGAACAAAGAGAAUGGUGAAAUGAUUGCGGCAUUUGUGCUUGCAAUAAGUAAAUAUUACCGUGGACAGAACGUUGUGGAUCCAUUUGUUAUUGUUCAUCGUUGUGAAAGGAGGAAAGGAGUGGGAGAACUGUGUUUUCAGUUGUGCAUACAGUACGCCAGGACGUUGGGGUACAUGGGAAUGUAUGUCGACACGUUCAGCUCAAAUACUGCAAUGAUCAAGAUUAUUGAGCGGUCGGAAGGCUUUCAGAAAGUGGGUUAUCUCCCCAUGGGAGGUCGGACUAAAGAUGGCGCUAUCAUCGGUUCAUACAUUUACUACAGGGAUCUCAGAGUUACGUGAUAAGACUUUAGUUUAUUAUCAAAUGUGCAGCUGGAUGCAGAUGGGGACCUUGGGUAGACUGGUACCUACCCUUCGCCUCCUAAUGGCUGCACAAUGUGAGGAGCGCAAGCGCUCUUGGGAAGACGGACCAGUCUAUACCUCGGGUAGUACGUUGACGUGAUACUCAGGGUCGUGUGCAACAGUAGGCAGCCAUUGGUUUACUCUAUAAUUCAAGGGGAAUUUACUCUUUUUUCCUGGUCUCUGAAGGUCUAUGAAGUCAACCAGUGUCAACGGGGGCGUAUUGGAAGGGGUGCACUGGUCCUACUGCCUAUAUGUUCCGUUAAACUAAAAUAGAAGUAUCCACUAGAAGAGAUAUGUAGGCUAUGUCGAUACAAAUAAGCCGGUUGUUCCGGCUGGUGCCCUAUAUGUCCAUAGUUCCCUUUAUAAAAUAUGAAAUGUUUGUGUAUUUUAGAUAUGUUCGUUUUAGGUUAACCUGAAUAAGAAAACAAUGUGAGUAAAUGUGUUAGGAGCUGGUAGCCCCCACUUAAAUUGAAUGUCUUACAUUAAAUGAUAUUCCGUUUCUAUGGUAUGAAGAUGCAAUAAGCACACGUAUAUUGAUGGGGUUUUGUUCAAAGUGUGGCAUGUAUCCGGUAUAUAUGUACAUUCUGGUUUCAUGACGCAGUGGACACACUGAAUGUGUAUAGUUUAUAACACAGUUUGAAGCUCAGACUAAUAAAUAUUGUUGUAAGUUA